AUGGCCGGAAUCAUCUUGCACCAUGAGUUGGAGCAUGGUUCUGCUACAGCUGGUCAAAUCCACAACAACAGCACCAACAUUCAGACUAGCAGCUCUCUUACCCUGGUCAAGCCCAUGUUCCAUCGCAAGUACUACACCACACACACGUUCCACGACUUCGUAACUCCCGACCUCAACUCUAUCAUUCACAUCAUGGGACCGUGGCAGGCCUUGGACGCAUUGGAACGCACUCUAACAUCAACUGGAGACAUCCAUGCACUCCGUUACGAUGAAACACCCAAGCUCUCGCCAUGGCUGCCAUUUCUCAUCUCCUUGAACACUGUCUGCACUCAGAUCGGACUGCCGAUCAUGACCGAAGACGAUCUCCAGCAAUUCCUUUGUACUCCAUGGUUUCUGGAUUUCGCCAAACACUCUGUCAAGCACAACAAGCUCGAGAAUAAGCUCGACCUUGGCAAGUUGGCUUCCACUUCGGCUGUCACAGAAGACCAUAUGAGUGUAGUUCUAGAAGCUUUCGCGGCUUGCCAUAGCAUCGACAAGAUCGAGCUUGGAAUCGUGCACCUCUGCAAGAACGGUAUCGAGGCUCAACUUUACCCUUGGACCGCAAAUGGAGACAAACACACUGUCUGGAUAGUCGUCAAUGAUCUCUGCAAGCCCAUCGUCUUCUAUGGCCUGGGCCGCCGCAACUUCUCGAAGCAAAUCGCCGCGGUUGAUCAGAGUAGUGAUGACGAUGAUAGCGAUCACGAGGAUAGCGAUGACGAGGAUAGCGCCCAAGAGGAGGAGGAGGACGAGGAAAACACCGACGCACACCUGCCUGAGGUAUCCACCACUACACUCAGCAACUUCAUCACCAAGCCUCGUGAGACUGCCAGUCGUAUCGUGGCACAAAGAACUCCCCUAAACGCUGGUCUGACUGUCGAUACAAUUUUGCAGAACCACAUCGAUCGACUUCAUUACAACAAUGUUCUCAAGGUUGGUCUCAAUUACAGCAACGCCCAGAUCGCCAAGAAGGUCAAUGAGGCAGAUGCCGCGGUAAAAAAAUCGACCAAGGAAUCGACCAAGAACUCAAGAUUCGAGACAGGUGCUAGCGGUGUGGUCAAGCGCAUCAACACUGCGAUCAAGUAUAUUGAAGACCAGCUCAACAUCAAGAGUGGUGCCUUUCGCACCGAGUACGAUCGCACACGCAAGGCAAACGGUGUCCCCAUCCGUGGCAAGGACGAGGUUAGCGAGGCUGACCUCGCUACCUUCGCUACCCAGAUCAGAGGUGCCAUGGAGUGGAUCGAGGCAGGCGGCCCUCGCCCUCUCACCCUCGUUCCUUACGGUACUGCUGGACUCACUGGUUCGGCUUCUACCUCUACCGCCCCUUCGACCACUGCCGCUAUCGCCCCCGUUCCUCACAUAUUCAACCAGUACCCUGGUAUGAUCCCAGCUCCAGUCUCACAAACCGUUGCCCCCACGUCGAACUCCUGGAUCCCCGCAGGCUAUGAUCCCGCGUCCAGUGUCCCCAUCGGUCGCGGUCCCCCUCCUGAUGCUUCUCCCCAAUGA